UCAGGUUUUUUUGGAUGCAACAUGUCGACAGCUGAACGGUUGGACGAGGAGCCGUCGCGGCGAACUCCAACAGACCACCAGUCUGGAGGAAAAUAUCCUGGAACAGAGUCAGGAGACUCUCCAGGGACAAUAAAGACUGUCUCCAUGGCAACAGACAUCCCAUCCAAAGGAAACCAGAAGGAUGAACUCAGAGAGGAAGAGGAUGAUGAGCAGCCGGCCACGUCCAAUGGGAGCUCCAGUAACGGCCUCACAGGCAGCAGAGUGAAGACUCCUCCUCCUUCCUUGGCGUCAUCUUCUGCUCCUGGUCGAGCGAAAAUGAGUGUGUCUGGUCCUGUCAGUAAAGCUCCUCUUUCGACCUCCUCCUCCCUCCCGUCCUCCUCCUCCUCACCCUCCUCCGCUCCUCCAGCCAGCGCUACUCCUCCACCGAAAAUCCAUCGUGCCCGCAAGACCAUGAACAGACCUCCUCCCACACAGGUGAGGUGUAUUAAGGCUGCAAUUGUCCCAGUGGAACCAGAGAAGCCAAUGACCAGCACUGCUGACACACACACAGCAUCGUUGAAGAAACGGAGGGCGGAGACAGAGCCCAACUCCACAGCUCCCUCUACAGGAACCCCAGAGAAAGUUCCCAAACCCCCUCCGGAGGUGCGUGAGGAGACCGAGCGGCAACCACCAGUGCCUGUGAUACCGAUGAAAGAGAAGGUGGAGCCAGUCGUUAUGGAAACCAAGGAGCACCAGAGCGGUUGGCUGGGGGAUUUGGGCGACGAUGCAGAUGAGGAGGACAUUCACCUGCUUUAUAACGCCUACGCUGGAGAUGACCUCAUUUACUCUGACAGUAAGUCAGAGGACGGAAUGAUGGAAGGACCUGUGGGUGAGAGAGAGACGGAACAGUCUGGAAACUUCUCAGAUCAUAGCUCAGGGUCAGAGAAUCAGAGAGGACAGAAAAAGAAGAGGAGAGACUCUCCGUGGAAGGAGUCGGCGAGGAGCAUGAGCGGAGAAACACCAGCUGCUGUGAAGGAGGUGGAGAAAGACAGAGCAGGCUCAGUAGCAACCGCAACCGCAUCAGCAACGGCAGCAGCACCCCCUGCUGGCACCUCCAGUGAUUACACUGAAGUUCCUCUGGACUCUCUGGACAUUACAGCACCUGACACACUCACACUCUCCCCUGACCCAGAGGGAGGAGACGAGGAGGUGGAGCGUUUGGAGGAGCUGCCGCUUUGUAGCUGUAGAAUGGAGGCUCCACGAGUCGACGGGCUGGGCGGCCGCGGCAGCCGCCUCUGCAUGGCCACAGAGAGCAUCAACGGAGAGUUGGUGGGCUGUACCAACAGCGUGGUAAAGGGGGAGACAAUGCGGCCAUCCAGCCGUGUGCCUUUAAUGGUUCUGUGUGAAACCCACCGUUCACACAUGGUGAAACAUCACUGCUGCCCAGGCUGUGGGUACUUCUGUAUCUCAGGGACGUUUCUGGAGUGCUGUCCCGACGUUCGUAUCGCUCACCGUUUUCACCGCGGCUGCGUGUCAGUGUUGGGAGGCGCCGGGCGUGGUCGGGGAGGAGCGGGCGUCGGCAUGCUGUUCUGCCCCCACUGCGGCGAGGACGCCUCCGAGGCCCAGGAGGUGACCUUAGAGCCCACAUCCCCUCCGCCCGGGGCAAAGGUCAUCACAGCAUCCGCCUCCACCACCACGCCCACCCUCCACCCUCCUCCGCCCUCCUCCCUGGGCUCCAGGGCUCUGCAGGCCGACGGGAAGAGACUGGACGGACCAAUCAAUGCGAGAAUGCGUGGGCGUGGCCAGGCCAGGCAAGGGGCGGAGAAACAGCCCCAGCCCUCCAGUGCAGCGGCAGCGGCGGUAGGGGGCGGGUCUGUGGAUGUCGUUGCCCCUGGUGAUGGAGGCGUGGACAGUGUUGGACCCUCCCUCAUCCUGCCCAAUGGGAAGCCAGUCUGCCCCAGUGCGCUGCCCCCUGGUGAGAGGAGAUCAGCGCUGCAGAAAGCCAUUCUCACACAGGACACGGAGCGGAGAAAGAAACUGCGGUUCCACCCUCGCCAGCUCUACCCUGCUGCCAAACAAGGGGAGGUCCAGAAAGUUCUGCUCAUGCUCAUGGAGGGCAUAGACCCAGCAUAUCAGCCGGACUCUCAGAAUCGCCGGAGUGCUCUCCACGCCGCCGCGCAGAGGGGCCUGCUAGAGAUCUGUUACCUGCUCAUACAGGCAGGUGCCAAAGUUGACGCCCAAGACAAGAGCCUGAGGACCCCUCUGCUGGAGGCGAUCAUGAACAAUCACGUGGAGGUGGUGCGUUACCUGAUCCAGAGCGGGGCCUGCGUGUACCACACGGAGGAAGAUGGGUCGACUGGUUUGCACCAUGCUGCUAAACUGGGUAAUCUGGAUAUCGUGAUGUUGCUGCUGAGUACGGGACAGGUUGACGUUAACGCACAAGACAGUGGAGGUUGGACUCCUGUAAUCUGGGCGGCAGAGCACAGACACAUAGAAGUGAUCAGAGCUCUGUUAAACAGGGGGGCUGAUGUCACCCUCAAAGACAAGGAGAUGAAUGUAUGUUUGCACUGGGCAUCCUAUGCCGGCAGUGCAGAGAUUGCUGAGUUGGUUCUGAAUGCCGGCUGCCCUCUGUCCUCUGUCAAUAUGCACGGAGACACGCCCUUGCACAUCGCCUCCCGAGAGGGCUACCUGGAGUGCGUGACACUGUUCCUGUCAAGGGGGGCAGACAUUGAUGUCAUGAACAGAGAAGGAGACACGCCCCUCUCUCUGGCUCGAUGCGAUUCGCCGGUCUGGGUGGCACUCCAGAUCAACAGGAAGUUGCGUCGUGGGAUAGCCAAUCGCACUGUGCGCACAGAAAGAAUCAUAUGCAGUGACGUGGCCCAGGGUUAUGAGAAUGUGCCCAUUCCCUGUGUGAACGGUGUGGACGAUGAAGGCUGUCCCUCCGAUUAUAAAUACAUCGCCGAAAACUGUGAAACGUCCGCCAUGAACAUCGACCGCAACAUCACACAUUUACAGCACUGUAACUGCACAGACGACUGUUCCUCCAGUAACUGCCUGUGUGGGCAGCUCAGUAUCCGCUGCUGGUACGACAAGGACCAACGCCUUCUUCAGGAGUUUAAUAAGAUUGAGCCGCCUCUUAUCUUCGAGUGUAACAUGGCCUGUUCAUGCUAUAGGAUGUGUAAGAACAGGGUGGUUCAGUCAGGCAUUAAGGUGCGUUUGCAGUUGUAUCGUACAGAGAAGAUGGGUUGGGGAGUUAGAGCACUGCAGGACAUUCCACAAGGAAGCUUCAUCUGCGAGUAUGUAGGUGAGCUGAUAUCGGAUGCAGAAGCAGAUGUGAGAGAAGAUGACUCAUACCUGUUUGACCUGGAUAAUAAGGAUGGAGAGGUUUACUGUAUUGACGCACGUUACUAUGGUAACAUCAGUCGUUUCAUUAAUCACUUGUGUGAUCCAAAUAUCAUCCCUGUGCGAGUGUUUAUGCUCCACCAGGAUCUGCGAUUCCCCCGGAUCGCCUUCUUCAGCUCCAGAGACAUCCUCACGGGACAGGAGCUAGGGUUUGAUUACGGAGAUCGUUUCUGGGACAUCAAGAGUAAAUACUUCACCUGUCAGUGCGGCUCUGAGAAGUGCAAACACUCGGCGGAGGCCAUUGCUCUGGAGCAGAGCAGACUAGCUCGCCUGGAGGCUUGUCCAGAGACCGCCUCCCAGCCUGCCAUCUCUGGGCUAGGAAACCCUUAG